UAGCUAUCAGAUAAGGUGUGCGCAAGGUCGAAUUAGCAAUAUAUAACUUUACAUCUCACCAUUAUGCAAGAGCUGUUGUGCUUGCGUCGAGCCUCUCUUCUCUUAUAGAUAUACUCAUCGUACGAAUGCUAUAGUAGUUGCAAGAAAUUUUAAUACUUUGAACGUUCCAGAAGCAUGUCUACGCUUGACAACUCGAUUUCUAUACCCCUCCAUGAGCUGCCGAACCCCUCAGAGACACCCUAUUCUACGCAAGCUCUGAUUACUGAAGAGGAUGCGAGCCCGUCCACAAAUUCAGUGCAACAGCCAUCUUCCGAAGAGAGGGACCCCAAAGCAUGGCUAGCUGUCGCCGGAUCUUUCUUGUUCUUGUUCGCAAGCUAUGGUUUUAUGCAGACGAUCGGUACAGUCCAGUCGUAUCUAGAACUAAACCAGCUGUCAUCAUAUACCUCACGUGACAUAGGAUGGAUUACAGGAGUAUUCACCUCGUUGGCACUCUUCCUAGGUAUUCAAAUUGGCCCAAUUCUGGACGCAUAUGGACCUAGAAUGCUUGGGCCUGUCGGAUGUAUUGUGUACGCGCCAGUUCUAUUUGUGGUUGCCGAGUGCCACCAGUACUGGCAGUUCAUGCUUGUUCUCGGAAUAUGGGGCGGAACUGGGGCAGGCAUACUUUCCAUGGUUGGUAUCACGGUCAUCGGUAAAUGGUUCAACCGUCGUAGAGGACUGGCUAUGGGUAUAGCUCUUUGCGGAUCAAGCAUCGGCGGCGUUGUCAUGCCCUUGAUGCUGCGUGAGCUGCUUCCAAAGCUCGGUUGGGCCUGGUCCAUUAGGAUUCUCGCCUUCGUGAUAACAGCUGUAUUAAUAGGUGGUGUGUUCUGCCUACAGCAACCUCUUCCGAGACGAGAAGGAUCCGAAGCUUCCGAAACGCACCGGCGUAAGAGGGUAGCGCUCAACUUCAUGGCUUUGACGAGCGGUACUUUCACAUUUGUGACCAUUGGAAUCGCCGCCCUUGAGUUUGCCAUUUUUGGGGUAUUCUCACUCCUACCCACGUAUGCCACUGUUGCUGGCUUCACUUCUGAUAAUGGUUUUGCUCUCGUCGCUAUUGCCAACGCCACCUCAACAGCAGGCCGACUUCUUCCGGGAAUAGCUGGUGAUUACUUUGGCCAUUUUAACGUUUUGCUUUGCAUGAUCUUGAGUACGGCAGUUUUCACUGGCGCGAUCUUGGUCCCUUUCGGUGCAUCGUCACUAGGUGCACUGUAUGCCUUCUCUGCGCUUUGGGGCUUUGGAAGUGGCUCUUUCAUUUCCCUGACACCAGUCUGCAUGGGGAAAACAUGCGAGACAGACGAUUACGGAAGAUACUUCGGAACAAUGUACUUUUUCGUCAGCUUCACCUUACUCCUUGCCAGUCCCUUAGGCGGUCAGAUGCUUCAAACGUUUGGCACUCAAGCCUUGGCUGGGCUGUAUGUAGCAGUAGUCAUGGUUGGUGGCAUCUGCUUCUUGUUCGCUCGACAACUUCUAUAUGGGAAGAUGUACGGGAAGAAAGGCUUCAAGAUUAAGGGCAGAGUGUAAGACCUUGGGAGUUGUGAUGUGCUUAAGUAGGAUAGAUCGGGAUGGUAUUGACAAUUCCUUAAAGCACCAAGCCGCUCCUCAGUUUGAGGGAACUGGUAAUAAGACUAGUCUUGAUCAGAGAGUUUGAUGCCGAUGUAUGAUUUCCACCAAGGGCAUCACUAGACGCAGUGCGGUUG